AUGUCAAAGCUACCAGUUCUUGCUAAAACUUUAGUUGAUAUGGGACACAAGCGAGUUAGAAAAAACCCUCGCGUUUAUCAAAAAGCGAAAGGAAAAUUUCUAAAAGUACGACAACCUACCCCAGUUGAUCCAGUUGAAGAUGCACUUUCCAAAAAAUGGUGGGUUGAUUACCGAUUGCAGUAUGAAGCCGUCAGGAGUCUUUUUCGAUAUGAAAUCAAUCGUCAUCAAAUGGAAGCUAUUUCUGCCUCACGAAUAGAUCAUGAACAUGAGCGUAAUAGACGUCAUGAGCUAACAGAAACCUGGAACAAAGAGACCUUUCUACUAGCCGCAGAUAAAUUUGAAAGGCUCUUAAAAGCAUUGAUUGAUAAGCAAACUGAUAGACUAAUUGAUUUUGAAAAUAAACAAGCAAAGUUAUCGGACAAAUUAAAAGCUGACCUUGACACAGUAGCUCAUUCUUUAGUAGAACACGUAUCCCGACAUUAGGUACGGUGUAAAUAAGCUAUGUCUAUUUUUGGUUAUCCACACGUAAAUUCAAAGUACUUUUACAAGACUGGUAGGAACCUGUGCCUGCACUCACCCUUAGUUGUAAGCCGUUAAAUGUAGCCGUAAAGUUUCUGUAUCUGGGUAGCUGUGUGUAUGUCGUGGUGAUGUGUCAGCUGAGAUCAAUCUAUGUAUAGUAAAAAUCAGAGUGGCCUAUUGUAGUCCGGGCUAUCUUAGCAGCAUCGUGGUGUAAGUCUGGCUGUAAAAGGUGCUAUUCACAAUGCUUCGGUGAAAGCGUUUCUGAUAUGUACUUGGGAAACCUGAUUUCUCAGAGCUGAAGAUGUUAUCAGACAUGGCGCAAAAUAAAUGUCUAUCGUGCUACAUUUUCCUUCCAUAUUCACAAAUUCGAAAGCGAUUUCUUUAGCUGAAAUGAUUCUUUUUGGUUAUGUUUUCCUCAACUGAACUGUUUCUCCCAUUAUUUACUAUUUUCGUUCACUUAUUGCUGUUCACUUGUUUUUUUAUAUUAUACUCACUAUCCUUUCUCUGUCUCUUCACUACCUCAUUUCCACAUUUGUGUGUGGCAUAUUUAUUUUCAUGUCUAUUUGUGCUGAAUCUUUGUGUUUAAAUAAAUAUGUAAAUAUUUCUCGUUAACGUUGUCUGUCAUUUUUCACAAACUAGCUGGUGCAACUCAGCAAUCGAGUUCAAGUAAUCAAGUAUAAGCAGUACGUUUAUAUGAAGGUUAGUUAUGAUAAAUAGUUGCCCAACCGGAAGUAGUUAAAGCAUGGUCUGAGCUCACUAAACUAAAACGAAAAGUUAAGUUUUAAAAGCUAAUUCAUUACUCUAAAUGCGCCAUUAAAUUAUUUAUAGUCUUUCUGAAAAUUAUCUCAAUGAUUACAUGAAUUUAAAUAAAGCAAGAACAAAUAUUGGUGCAGAAUAGUAUGAAUUCAUAUUAUUUCGAGGUUUCUCGUCAGCUGCUUACAAACCAAAAAAUGUGAUAGAAUUUUUACAUUGAGAUAGAGUGAAAACAAAUGACAUAGAUGAGUGUAAAUAACUGGGUAAAAAUUCUAUCACAUUUUCUGGUUUGUAAGCAGCUGACGAGAA